AUGGACUCCCAGCAGCAGCAAUACUGUUUAAAAUGGAACAGCUUCGGUUCGAACCUGGCCACGUCGUUCGCGAACCUCUGGAACUCGGAGAGUCUCGCCGACGUAACGCUAUACUGCGAAGGUCGCCAGUUCAAAGCGCAUAAAGUGAUACUGGCUGCUUGCAGUAAGCAUUUCCAGGAGCUGUUCGAUACUGCCCCGCCUAGCCAUGCAGGAGCUUGCUACGUUUUCUUGGAGGCUACCAGUGCCGACAACAUGCAAGCUUUGCUCGAGUUUAUGUACAAAGGAGAAGUGCACGUCAGUCAGGACGCCCUCUCCAGCUUCCUUAAAAGUGGGGAAAAUUUACAGGUUAAGGGCCUGUCAAUGGAGAUGUCCCAAGAUGCUUGGGUUAAGCAACAAACUCAACAGCCUGCUGGAGACCGUCAUCAGACUCGCAUAAAGACGAGCCCGGUCUCUGGUUCAGGAAACUGUGAGGCUCAAGAUGUGGCUACUCCUCAGACGCACACUGCAACUUUUGCGCCUAUCAUGCCGCAAUAUGGCGUCCCCAUUCACGGCACUAGCGGCAGUAUGGGUCGGUAUGUUCCGCCAGCACAUAUGCCAAUGCACCAGCCCUCGCAUCGCAGACCAGCUCCUCCGAAACCGUCGCCGUCGCAGAGCCCACACGCUAGAAACUACAGGCAGAGUUCAUCGUCGUCACAUUGCGGCAGCGUGGCUGAUGAGCCAGACACGCGUUCUUCGCCCGGAGCUAAUGCCCGAUAUGAAGAAGCUCCUGCCGACUGUACCUCCACCCAUACGAACCCAGUCAAGAACAACGGAUAUGAGCGGAGUGCUAGCGUCAACGACGAUAUGAUGGAACGCUUGUCUAAUGACCAAGGAGCCGAAGAUUUACGGAUAAAGAGUGAAAACGACUACCAGAGUGGAUAUAAUAACUCACCACCGCCAACGCUACCAAUGCCGACUACAAACUACCACGACAAACCGCUGGAGACGUCACCCGUGCCGCCAAAACCAAGCCCGGACAUCUGGCCCGCUAAGAUAAUCACCAGUAAAUCCGGAGGAAUCGCCACUGCUGACGGUAAAAAACUAAAAUGUCCAUAUUGCGAGCGGCUUUAUGGCUACGAGACGAACUUGCGUGCCCACAUUCGACAGCGGCACCAAGGCAUACGUGUGCCGUGCCCGCACUGCACGCGCACAUUCACACGCAACAAUACUGUGCGCCGCCAUAUUGCGCGUGAGCAUCGCCACGCGGUCACUCAACUCCACCAACAAGGUCCACUCCCAAAUCACACGCAGUAA